UGAGACAAUGUCUCUGAUUUGAGAUAUUUUUCAAUGGGAAAAAAGUAAAAACUCUCUAUCACAGUUGCUUCAAUUUCUGAUGUUAGUCCAACAAUGAAAUAGAGCCAACAAAAAUGAAGAGCAGGAGCCGUUUCAAUCUGUUUCUCAAGGGCCUGAUAUUCAUUGGAGUCCUUUCCUUCUGCACUGCGGUAUGUAAGGGAGGUGAGUCAUCGGAAUUUGAAUCAUUGCUGAGGUUCAUUAGAGCUGUUGAUCCUAAACAUGUAUUGAAUAUUGGCCACAAUAUGCCAUAUUCCUGCAAGCAUAAGUUGAAAGGUGUGGAAUGCAACCCCGAGGGUAAUAGCAUAACAGAAAUAAGGCUUCAAAAUCUGCAUCUUAGUGGCACACUUGAUGUAGAUUCACUAUGCAAGCUCCCGAAUCUACAAGUUGUUAGCUUAGCAAGAAACCGCAUCCGAGGAACUAUUUCUAACUCCAUAGUGCACUGCACAAGACUAGCCUAUUUGGAUCUAAGCAACAAUCUUCUGAGUGGAAGUGUGCCUAGGGCUCUGAAUAAACUGAAAUAUCAAAGGAGAUUGUACAUCUCCAACAAUUAUUUUACUAGGGACAUCCCAAGUUCGAGAGAGGAAUAUCAGCUUCAUCCACAUUUCAAGGAAUCAAAGACAUUACAGAGAUAUGGUGCCAUGGACAAAGAAGAGGCAGGGCAUCCAAUGCGGAUAAUGACAGAGUCUGGGAGCCCUAGUUCUCCUCCUAAACCUGAUGGUAAAAAGUGGUACAAGAGCAUAUUACCAGUAGUUUGUGUGAUAGGACUAUUUCUGGUGUUCAUAUUCUUUGCGGGAAGGAAGGCUGCUAAUUUAGCUACUCAGAGGGAGAUUCUGAAGUCACUUCAAGAGUACUCUACUCCGAAAUCACCUCCAGCUAAGGUUCGACAGGAAGAGAAGCCAGUAGAGAAUCAGUCAGAGCUCGUGUUCUUUGUUGAAGAGCAUGAAAGUUUCAAGUUGGAGGACCUGUUUGAAGCCACAGCAGACUUGAGAAACCAGAGUUUCUGCAGCAGCCUUUACAAGGUAAUACUCAAAAACAAUGAACUGUAUGCAGUCAAAAGGCUGAAGAAGUUGCAGGUACCCUUUGAGGAGUUUGGCCAAGCAAUGAAUCAGAUAGGGAACAUAAAGCAUCCCAACAUUCUGCCUCUUGUUGGUUACAAUUGUACCAACGACGAAAAGCUUGUGAUAUAUAAGUAUCAAAACAAUGGGAGUCUGCUAAACCUGCUUCAGGAUUACACAGAAGGAAAGAGGGAUUUCCCAUGGAGGGUGCGGCUGUCCAUAGCACAGGGAAUUGCAAGGGGCUUAGAUUUCAUAUACCAGAGGUCUGAUGAGUGCAUCCCUCAUGGGAACCUAAAGCUUUCGAACAUCCUUCUUGAUGAAAAGGAUGAACCACUGAUCAGUGAGUAUGGAAUUUCAAAGUUCUUUGACCCCCUGAAAGGAUGUGUCAUCAUCUCCAAUGGUUAUACAGCCCCGGAGAAAGAUUUAUCUGAGAAAGGCGAUGUUUAUAGUUUUGGAGUGAUUCUUCUUGAGUUACUGACUGGCAAAACUGUAGAAACAAGUGGGAUGGACCUUCCUAAGUGGGUUACUGCCAUGGUUAAGGAGGAGUGGACUGGUGAAGUCUUUGACAAGGAGGUUGCUAAAGCUGCAAAAGAGUGGGCAUUUCCUUUGCUCAACAUUGCUCUCAAGUGUGUAUCAGCAUUGCCACAAAAUCGGCCGAGUGUAGCAGAAAUUUAUAAGAAGAUUGAAGAGGUUAUGCAGGAUAAUUUGAAUACAUCAGAUUGUACUGUUGAGUGUGGAACCGAUGAAGACAACUUUUGUAUGCUUCACUCCAUCAUACCUGAGACCUGGGAUACUCCUGGAUCAAAUUAUUAGUUGAAGGUUAUACUUUCUGCAUGCAUAUUUUCGCUCUCUUUUAGAUUGGAUUGUAGAUGAUCAUAGAACCUUUUUCUCUACAUUCACCAGUAAACAAGCUAGCCAGUUGAGUAUGAAUAAUCAGUCUAGCUAUUUUAUAAUGCAAGUAAAGGCAGCAGAGGAAAUAAAAACUUAUGGACAUUUGAAGAUGUACAUCUAAUGCAAAAUAUACAAACUAUGGCCAUUUCCUUAUUAA